AUGUCUCGUCAAGAAGCUGGCGCCAACGCCUCCUCCUUGGUGGCUGCGUCCCAGCAGGUCACGGUAGUGUCUCAGGUUCCGGAAAGGAGGUCAGCAGAGGAGGCGAAUCAGAGAAGUCGAGGAGGCCAGAGGGCCGCUGGAGGAGGCUGGAGGGGCCCUCCCGGGCUCCAGCAGUCUGUAGUCGCUGGUUUCCAGGAACCACCGCUCUCCUUCAGGUUGAAGAACGACUGGGUUGGCGUCGUGAUCGGUCGUGGUGGGUCAAAAAUCAAAGAGAUACAGAAUACAACAUACACCAAAAUACAGAUAAUCAAAGGGUACCCUGAAGCAGAAGUAAGAAUUUUUGGCACCGAGGAAAUGCAGAGCAAAGCAAGAAUAGUGAUAGACAAUAUUGUUAAAAAACAAGAAGAAUACAAAUCAGAACCCAAAGUAGAUGUUGCUGCAAUCCAGCCUUUGGGUAGAGAAGAUACAAAGAAAGAUGUUUCAGGAAAUCAGAAAUUGAUUGAUUGGGAUAAGUUCCGAGAAAAUAUUCUGGAAUGGAGCGAAAAAAAGUGGGCAGGUUUACCUCUAAUUAAGAAAAACUUUUACAUGGAGUCAGAAAUAACAAGUUCAAUGUCACAGGAACAAGUGCAGAAUUGGAGGAAAGAAAAUUAUAAUAUAAUGUGUGAUGACUUGAAAGAUGGUGAGAAACGUCCUAUUCCCAAUCCUGCUUGUAAAUUUGAGGAUGCAUUUCAGUGUUACCCUGACGUGAUGAUAAACAUUAAAAAGGCAGGUUUUCAAAAGCCAACACCAAUUCAGUCACAGGCAUGGCCAAUCAUUCUACAAGGAAUAGAUCUUAUAGGAGUAGCCCAGACUGGAACAGGGAAGACAUUGUCCUACCUAAUGCCUGGAUUUAUUCAUGUUGACUCACAACCUGUAGCCAGGAAUGGGCCCGGCAUGUUAGUCCUUACACCCACUCGAGAAUUAGCUCUGCAAGUGGAAGCUGAGUGUUCAAAGUAUUCAUAUAAAGGUCUUAAAAGUGUUUGUGUAUAUGGUGGUGGAGAUCGAGAUGGACAAAUAAAAGACUUAUUGAAAGGUGUAGAUAUCAUCAUUGCAACUCCCGGGAGGCUCAAUGAUCUGCAAAUGAAUAACUUUGUGUACUUGAAGAGCAUAAGCUACCUGGUAUUAGAUGAAGCUGACAAGAUGCUGGAUAUGGGAUUUGAACCCCAGAUAAUGAAGAUUUUAUUAGAUAUACGCCCAGACAGGCAGACAGUUAUGACAAGUGCAACGUGGCCAUAUGCUGUCCGUAGACUCGCACAAUCUUAUUUGAAAGAGCCCAUGAUUGUGUAUGUGGGUACUUUGGAUCUAGUUGCUGUAAGUACUGUGAAGCAAAAUAUAAUAGUGACCACAGAAGACGAGAAACGAUCACACAUCCAAACUUUCAUUGAGAGUAUGUCUCCCAAAGACAAAGUCAUAAUUUUUGUUAGCCGGAAAGCUGUCGCUGAUCAUUUAUCAAGCGACCUGGGUAUCCGGCAUAUAUCAGUAGAGUCUCUGCAUGGCAACAGAGAACAGGGUGAUCGAGAGAGAGCAUUAAAAAACUUUAAAACAGGUAAAGUGAGAAUACUGAUUGCUACUGAUUUAGCAUCUCGUGGUCUCGAUGUCCAUGAUGUCACCCAUGUCUAUAAUUAUGAUUUUCCCCGGAACAUCGAAGAAUAUGUGCACAGAGUAGGGCGUACUGGGAGAGCAGGGAGGACUGGGGUAUCUAUUACCCUUAUUACGAGAAGUGAUUGGAAGAUUGCUGGUGAAUUAAUUCAUAUUCUGGAAAGAGCAAAUCAAAGUAUCCCAGAGGAUCUUGUAGAGAUGGCUGAGAGAUAUAAAGCAAAUAAACUGAAAAAAGAAAUGGAAAAAAAAUUGGGAAGACCCCAAGGAAAACCCAAGAAGUUUUAUUAUUAA